AUGGCGCUUAUACCGAGAGGGCUCUCGGUGAGGCCAGCCUUGUGCGACCCAGUGCCGUUGGGGCUUGCGCAGCGCUCGCGGACUUCAGCACAGCGCUCCCGCCCGAGACAGGCCUGGGCCAUUUCUUCGGCCGCCAGCCUCUUUGCCUGGCGAGGCCUCCGGUGCCGGAAGGAUCGGCUUCCACGCGCAUCUACGAUCCAGAUCGAGCCGGCCACAGACGCGGAUGUCCGCCCAGCUGCCGAGGUUGCAGUGCGCUCCUUGCGCUGGACGAAAGGAUGGCUUGACCAGCCGAAGUUUAAGGACGAGGACUACGCUUUGCUCGCCGGCCGAGAGGUGCAGGCUUAUCGGAAGCUGUAUUUGACGGCUACUCCGUAUCCGAGCACGCUUCUGGUCGCUAGACUUCGACAGACAGAGGCUCCGAAGGAGGAGACCAACUCUUGGUUUGACUUCGGAGGAUCAGGCAGCACUUCUUCCAAAGUGGUGGGUUGCGUCGGCUGCGAAGUGAAAUGCUUCAACAUCUUCACUAAUGAAGAGCUGCCAGUUUUCCGAUCUGAUGGUGGUAGGGAGACCGUGCUGCGGCCAGUGAUGGCAGAUUUGGCUGUGUCCUCUGAAUGCCAGGGAAGAGGUAUCGGUCGAAAGCUGGUCGAGAAGCUAGAAGAAGCGGUGCGCGAGGAAUGGGGCUAUGAUGAGCUUGUCUUGCUGGUGGAGGCGACGAACUUCCAGGCCAGAGGAGUCUAUGAGCGUUUGGGCUACCGACUUGCGGGGAUCAGACUCGGACAAGUCACAACAUAUUUGGAUGCCAGUGAACCCCGCGACAGCACUUCUCGCGUCAAAGAGCGCACAACAGUGGCAUUUCUCCUUCGGAAGAGUUUGAAGCCUUUCCCGUGGGGGACUCUGGAAAACCAAAACUGGGGCCUUCUCCUCGCACUGCUGGGUGGAGCUGCCUACUUGCAGAGCUCAGAUGGCGAGGAGCUGCUUGGCCUUCCUUUGGAGGAGCUCUUCAGAUACGCGUCAGACGCGGGGCUCGCGGUCCCCUUCCCCUCCUUUCCAGUGUGA